AUGGCCUCAGGCCCCCUUCAGCCCAGCCCCGCGGAUCUGCGGGAGUUCAGACAGCCUGAGCGCCACCACCCCAGGGCCUGUGCCAUGCCCCUGACCCGGGCACAGCAGACGUCUGGCCCGGAGCCCGUGGAGACGGUGCCCCCAGCCGUGGACCUGGUGCUGGGCGCCUCGGCCUGCUGCCUGGCCUGCGUCUUCACCAACCCCCUGGAGGUGGUGAAGACACGGCUGCAGCUGCAGGGGGAGCUGAAGGCCCGGGGCACCCACCCGCGGCCCUACCGGGGCUUCGUGGCCUCCGUCACCGCUGUGGCCCGCGCGGAUGGGCUGAGGGGGCUGCAGAAGGGGCUGGCCGCCGGCCUGCUGUACCAGGGCCUCAUGAACGGCGUCCGCUUCUACUGCUUUAGCCUGGCGUGCCAGGCCGGCCUCACCCAGCAGCCAGGGGGCACCGUGGUGGCGGGCGCCGUGGCCGGGGCCUUGGGAGCCUUCGUGGGGAGCCCUGCUUACCUGGUCAAAACACAGCUGCAGGCCCAGACGGUGGCCGCGAUGGCCGUGGGACACCAGCACAAUCACCAGAGCGUUCUGGGUGCCUUGGAGACCAUCUGGCGGCAGCAGGGCCCGUCGGGACUGUGGCGGGGCGUGGGUGGGGCUGUGCCCCGAGUCAUGGUGGGCUCGGCUACCCAGUUGGCCACCUUCACCUCCGCCAAGGCCUGGGUGCAGGAGCGACAGUGGCUCCCAGAGGACAGCUGGCUGGUGGCCCUGGCUGGGGGCAUGAUCAGCAGCGUUGCCGUGGUCGCUGUCAUGACGCCCUUCGACGUGGUCAGCACGCGGCUGUACAAUCAGCCAGUGGACGGAGCUGGAAGGGGCCAGCUAUACAAGGGCCUCGCCGACUGCCUGGUGAAGAUCUGGAGGCAGGAGGGCCCCCCCGCGCUCUACAAGGGCCUGGGCCCCGCCUACCUGCGCCUGGGUCCCCACACCAUCCUCAGCAUGCUCUUCUGGGACGAGCUGCGGAAGCUGGCCGGGCGGGCCCAGCACCAGGGCACCUAGGCCACGUCCCACCCCUCAUGUCCUGACACAGCCCGGCGCUUGGCCGGAAGUGACAACCUGCUCCCCAGGGACUGGCUGUCCCAGAGCAGGUCACAGGCCCAGGCCCUGCCACAGGCCCAGGAUGCGUGUGGGCAG